AUGGAGUUUCACCUUCGUGUGCCGCCGGAGAGGUGGUGCAUCACGAAAGCCGAGUUUUUCGCCUUCAUCGCAGAUGUGCGCGAGAUUUGGGAGCGCGAGAGGGGCACCUUACCAGGCGCAUACUUUCGCUUGAGCCCUGCCUCAACGGCAACAACCAUCCGUUCUCGAAUGAGAACUUUGACUGGUUUGGCCGAGGAGGUAGAUGGGCCAAACUUGUACCAAGUGAAUGACCACUAUGUGAAGCCCCUGACACUGGCUGCUGGGGGAAUGAGCUACGCACUGAUGAAGCAUCCUGAAGGACUAUUGUGCCAAGUCUUCAUCUCUCAUGCCUGGGCAGAAGGUAUUUUCGAGCUAGGUGAUCAGGUCAAACGAGCGUGGCCGCGGCUUCAACUUUUGCGCAAUCUGUAUUGCUGCUUGCUGGCCAACCCACAGAAUCUUGACAUGAGAACCUGGCUGAACGUACCCCCCGAGCAAAGCCCCUUUGCUCGGGCAAUGCAAAGCGCUUCCCAUGUAUUGAUCAUCCCAAACAGCACUGUUAGCAUAUACACGAGAUUGUGGUGUGUAUACGAAGCGUAUUUGGGAACUCGCUACGAAAAGACGUGCAUCAUGCCAACCCGGCCGAAAAGUUCUGCGCAGUGCCUGCUGGUCGUUUGGAGCAUACUUCUUCCCUUGAUUCUAGGAGCAGCUUUGGGUCUUAUUUUGGUGCUGAUCCCAAUCAAUCAAGAAGUGUUGUGGAAAGUUUGCCUCGCAACAUUCGUGUGUUGCUUUUUGCUGACGGUUCUUACCUUUGCUGUGUCAGUGGCUCUCCAAGUGUGCAAGCGGCGCUGCAAGCGCCUCGUACAUCAGAAUUUGAACUUGCUCCGAUUUUUCCACAUGACCGUCCUUUGGUUGCUCUCCUCGAUCAUCCUUCCAUGGGUGAAGAUGCCGGGCCCCUACUACACGCCUUCAAAGUUUGACCACUACUUUGUGAUGAUUGGAACGUGGCUUUUUAACCUUUUGCGGGUGGCACAGCUGAAUGAAGAACUCUUGGAGGAUCGGGAACUGGCGCGGCAGGCCACCAACUUGAAUUUUGUCUCGCUGGUUGAUGCCACCUGCACAAACUCGGUUGAUGAAGCGCGAAUCCGACAAUCCAUUUCUGGAUUUGAGAGAGAUGUUGAGCUUGCAAUUCAUAUUUUGAUGAAGGCGGGUGCUUAUGACCACAGCCUCCGCAAGGCGUUUGAAUCCGGUGCAAAUAUACGUGGUUUGGGUACCACUGACCUCGUGGUGAAGACUGGAGUUGCCACCUUGCUGUGGCUCCUGUGUGGGGCCCAUUGCAUCGCGGUGUUCAUUUUGCAUGACGACCGGGGAUGCUUCGAAGACAUGCCUCGUGCCACCUUGGAAGGGCACAUUUCCGUCAUCAUUUGCUUCGUUGUUGCGGGGCUUGUCCCGAUCAUGUCAUUCGUGGCUGAAAGAAGUGGUCCGGAACGUGGUGUAUUUGCUGCUAAUGUUUGGAUAAUGGCGGCCACGUUUGCUUUGGGAAUCCCAGCGCUCUGUGAGAUUGGAGAUUGGCUUGCCCGAGAUCAUUUCAUUUGGCUCUUCGAAACGAAUGAUCAACACAAGUACUGUCCUGGAGCAUUCGUGCAAUUCAUGCUGAUAUGGUUCCCUACAAUCACCGCUACGUUUGCAUUUGGCUUUUCGCUGCUGGGGCAAGAGUUCUGGCUUCAUUUGCAUUUCUGUCCGCAUGAUGAGCCGGAGACAUCGGACCAAUCCAACCGCUCGGAAUCAGACUCAGAAAGUGUAGACGCGAGUGAUUAA